CCGCCGGCAGCCGCGGCGCAGCCCGGUGAGGUGCGGGACAUCCCAUCCCAUCUCAUCCCGCUGCGGUGCAUCCCGGUACGGGAUAUCCCGAUGGAGACGGAGGGUUACAGGUGCCGUAGCAGCCGGUACAUCGAGAGCGGGCAAUCGGCGGUGCCCAGCUCGGUGCUAUUCGCCGCCGGGCUACUGGGCAACGUGCUGGCACUGCUGCUGCUGGGUCAGCACCGACGGCGCUCCCGGUCCCCCGGUGGUCGCCCACCGAGGGUCUCCGCUUUCUACGUGCUGGUGAGCGGGCUGGCGGUCACCGACCUGCUGGGCAAGUGUUUGCUCAGCCCCAUCGUCCUGGCCGCCUACGCCUACAACCGCAGCCUCAGCGAGCUGGGACCCGGCGGGCGCGGCGAGGGAGAGCCCGGGCUGCUCUGCCAGCUCUUCGCCUUCUUCAUGGCCUUCUUCGGGCUGGCCCCCACCUUGCUGCUGCUAGCCAUGGCCCUGGAGUGUUGGCUUUCCUUGGGGCACCCUUAUUUCUACCGGCGGCACCUCACCCGACGGCUGGGUGCCACGCUGGGGCCGGCGGCGGGGGGGCUCUGCGCCCUGUUCUGCGCCCUGCCCCUGCUGGGUUUCGGGGUGCCCAUGCAGUACUGUCCCGGGACCUGGUGCUUCAUCCGGAUGGCGGGGGGUGGGCCCCGCCAGCUCGGCUUUCCCGUCCUCUACGCCAGCUUGAUGGGCCUCUUGGUGUUGGCCAUCGGCGCCUGCAACGUGAGCAGCAUGAGGCACCUCUACAGCAUGGCCCGGAGGCAGCCCCCCCCGCGGGACCCCCGCCGCCGGCCCCGCGCCCCCCACAUGGAGGAGCUCGACCACCUCGUCCUGCUGGGGCUCAUGACUGUUCUCUUCACCAUCUGCUCCCUGCCGCUCAUCAUCCGGGCCUACCUGGGGGCCUUCGCCGCUGACUUCAACGAGAACGCUGACCUCAGUGCCCUGCGGUUCCUCUCCGUCAACUCCAUCGUGGACCCCUGGGUCUUCAUCAUCUUCCGCACCUCCGUCUUCCGCAUGUUCAUCCGCAGGGUUUGCCGGAAGCUCAACUCCCGAAAAAGCAGCUUCAAAGGACCCGGCCCUGGAGGGGACAGCCAGUUCUGCCCCCCGGGCUGGUGCAGGACAGACACCCCUCAACGCGGCUUCCCCUGAGCCCUUGGGUCUUGCAGAAGCUGGUGGCUGCUGGUGAGGGUGAGGAACGAGCCUUCGGCCCCACGAUCCCGCUCCGGAGCAUCCCGGAGCUUCCUGGGGCUGUCACAGGUGGGAAUAGUGUCCGGCUCGCAGCGAGGGGUAGGUGAGAAGCAUUUCUGCCCCUCUCCCCAGGAUGAAUUUUGCCCCAAAGAGGAACUUGUAGGGGGGGGGACUCCUGGGUACUUGUGAAUAUCUCCAAGCAGCAGCACUUUGUGGAGGGGUUGGAGAGCACCCGGCUCCAGGAAAGCAGGAGGGAUUUGGCAUGUGGCUUCAGGGCAGCGGGGACACAGAGGGAGGAGAGGGGUGAGCGUGUCCCCAUGGAAUAAAAGUGGUUCAGAG